AUGAUUUCUAUUAGAGUGUCAAAAUGGAUUAAAAUUAUUUAUUCAGUCAUCAUUAGAUUAUUACAAUUAGGAUGGUUAGGUGGUUUAGGUCUGGCAAUAGGAAUACUUUUACUUAAACGAGGAUUUUUAUUUGGAAUUUUUCCAACUAUAUUAUACCUUUUAAAUGUAAUAAUCAUACUUUAUAUAAUGAUUAUUACUCCUAUAUUUAAAAUAAAAACCAAUCUAUUGUUUUUAUUUAUGUUUGAUUUUUUAUCAUUUUUGGGUAAUAUUGCAUUUCAUAUUUCUAGUAAAAUUACAUUACCUUUUUUUGAAUUUACUCCACUUGCAAUUCCUGGGAUAGUUUUCCAUUUGGCUAGUUUGAUUCCUUUUAUAAUAUGGAGUUUUAUUCCCAUGAUUAAAUCAUCAAAUAAUAUUCUUAACAUGAAGGGGAAAUUCUAUUAUGGAUGUGUGUUUUUAAGAAAUAAAAAACAACAAACAAUUGAAGAUGCCAAUAAUAUUGAUGUUACUAUGUUUGAUGAUGUUGUUAGAGAAGAAGAACAAGAUGUUGAACAUAACCGAGAUAAGAAAAACCCCUUUUCAGAUUCAGAAAUAGAAAUCGGAAAUAUUAAACCGACCAUUUCAAUAUAA